CGAAACCCUGCAGCGUUCAAGUCAACUGGGAGUGGUCCGAAAGGACCGAAUGAGGGUUUGGCAACAUUCAAGUUCCGGACGUGUUUCCGGAUAUGCCCAAAACGAUCAUUAAUUAAAGGCAAAUGGCGUUUUGCAAGAAUCAGGCACGAGAUGGACUGUGAGAUCCUGGCAUUGAGACCUCUCCUCAACAUGGAAAGGGGCUUGAGCGCCAUGGAAUCCAUGGGUUCUUGCAGUCCCAUGAGCUAUUGUAUUGGACAGUCUCAUUGCAGCACACGGGGGCUGUUGGUGGUUUAUAGAGGAGCUAGGGGAGGCGAAAGUGAAGCUGGUGCCUAGAGCGGGAGGUUGACACGGAGUUUCGGCACAGAAGUCUUGCUUCACCACGAUGAGAUGCCGGUUGAAGGAGAGGCUCUUGAGAGCGAUUGUGGUGUCGCACCUGCAGAGCCAUGAACAGCAGUCUAGCAACUUGAAGCAUCCUCAUGCCAGUUGCAGUCCUAGGCUGACCGGUCAGUUCUUACGCACCUACAGUGGUAGAGCAUGCCACUCCGGCCCAACAAGUGCCAAUCGUCAACGUACAUACGGUGAUUUCUGCUCAGUGCCACAAGUCAUGGAGAUACGGCAGGUCUGCCAUGACACUGCACUGCAGCCCACGCACGCAACCAACCAGCCACAGUGACGCUCAGUAAUAAUUCCUGGAGCGGAGGAAUGAAAGGUUCGCAGGAGUCAGAAGCAAGGGCCAAGCAGGAGAUGCUUUGGCAUGAUUGGAAGGAAUGAUGGUGAUCCGUCGUCAUGGACACAUGUCAUAUUUUGGACCACGGUUUGAUGCCCGCUGAGGCGUUUGAGGAGUAAAAAUGGGAAAAGAGUAACUGAAGCCGGACUCGGCGAGGGAUACAGACCUCGAGGUAGGCGUGAACGAAAGGGGCGCAGGCAGUCGGAUCUAGUAGUAGGACUAGUAGGAGUAAUAAGGCAGUGUCGAGUGGUCUGCCAGAGGUACAUUCACCGGCCAUGGCCACCAGUUGUAGCAGUGCCAGUAGUGCUGGAUUGAAUGUCCGGAUUGUUACAGGUCUGUACUGGAAGGAUAGAGGCGCAGGGCAACCACUGCGGGAGAACAGAGUUAAGCGGAUUGGGGGGUUUUUACAGGCAGAUUACAGCGAACUUGAAUGCCAGUGCCUGCGCCCAGUGAAUGCAUCGCGGUUCAGCCACUGCAGUACUUACCGUAGGUAUGUACAGCACUGGCACCCAGUGACUGCAAUGUACAGUGACUGCAAUGCCAGGGCAAUGCCAGUGCCAGGCCACUGCUACAACUUUACUGCUGCUAAUAUACCAGAUAGUACAGUGGUAAUACUGUGGUACUGACUGCCCUGCACUGCACUGCAAUACUAGAGUGAGUGCAUCACGGCCACUCUCCAGUCUGCGCCAACUUGACUUGCCCGUGAACUUCAACUUGACCUGCGCCAGUCCCGGUCUUGGCAGAUCCCCUUUCCUUUCAAAAUUUCUCUGGAGCCGCUCUUGCUCCCAACUGCGCUUCUCGCUACAGACUCUACCACGCAAAUUACUUCGAUUUGCGCCUCUGUAUCAUCUGAGGCUCAUCUGGCACUGUCAACCUCUCAGUUGUCGUGCCUCAUUUCACCCUUUGCCACAGAGCUUAGCUUGUCUCCUCUGCUGCGGAACUCCGAUCUCAACCGUUCGGAACUGCCUGCGUUCAAAGAAUCUCCCCUCAGGAAUUUUCCUUGAAACAGACCGACCAACUUCGCCUUCGACCAUCACCACCAGCAAAAGAGCGGCUUCCGUUGAUUCGAGACAGUCGCCGCUUCGUGGUCACUUGUCGAACGAAAUCCUCAUACCGUUUACUUCCCUGCCGGCUCGGGCGACGUUUUCAGUGAAAGCUGUGUUUGUCAUCACGAUCCUUUCAGCUUUCGCCUGACCUCGCGAGCCUCCAUCAUUGUCUUCGGAUCCAUUUAUACUCUCUGAAUGACAUCCCCAUCUCCGCAAUCUUCUUCUGCUCAAUCAAAACCUGCUUCUUCCGCAGCAGGCGCACCUCCUUCAACCGCCGCGACCGGAUCGAAUUUGGCUUCACAAGGCCGAACCUCGUUUCCAUCUGCCGGGAAACAGCCGUCUUCUUCCACGCCAAAUGCAUCGGAGUCCAACAACAUGUCUGCAGCAGUUGGAGGCGCUCCGCCCACACAAGGUCAUGGCGAGUCUGUGAACGGAAGAAAUACCACUAUUCCUGCUAUCCCUUCGGUCAACGGCAGUGUGUCCCUACCGGACCAUACGCGCAAGCCUUCCAUGACAGUCACACCUGCAGGCGCUACAGGGUUCCCCGCGAACGGACGAGGGCCAGGUGGACCUCAGAACAAGCCUGGCAUACGUUUUGGAUCGCUGGACGGCCCCAAUCCCGCGGGUUCUCCUGCGAUGGGAACGCCCCCUUCGUUGGCGCACGAAAAUUCGUCAAAUCUCAGCGUCAAUCAGCACAACCCUGGAGCAGCUUCUCCUUCUAACUCUCCAUCCCCGAUUCCCCAGCCGGCGUCGGUCAGUGGAGGCCGCCCGCCCCCAUCCUUCCAGGCACAAGGCAACGGUUUGUCGUUUGGACAACUCGAUCCACAUGAUCCAAGUGGUCUUGCUCGGCCAAUGUCUCAAAUGCAAUUUGGUCCACAACAAGAGCAUAUGAGACGAGGAUCCUCACAGUCCAUCCAUAGCGAUGCCGGUGGCCCAGGUCUGCCGACAGGCCCGGGCCGUGGUGGAUACCAGGCUGGUCGUGGCAGAGGAUAUCAUGCAUCCUUCCAGCAAUCUGGGAACCCAUCCUUCCGCCCUCCGCCCAACGGCCGAGGCCUACAAGGCGGCUAUCAAAACCGAGGGCAGCAAAUGCCCUACCAAGGCUCGCCUGCUAUGGGUACCCGCAGCCCUGCGCUCGUUAAUGCUACCCCAGGAACCCCGAACAUGGCCCCCAUGCAUAUGGUGCCCGGAAUGCAAGGACAACCCAAUGGAUAUUAUAUGGGACCCCAACAUGCUUUUGGUAUCCCCACCCAAGCUGAUCCUAGUAUUCAAAUGUUGUAUAACCAACAAUACUAUGGACAACCAGGACUGCAGGGUCAAUACCCUCCUCAGUACAUGCCGCCCCAAUCUCCUCGCCCUCCCUAUCAACAGCACGGCUUUGCACCGAACAUGCAACCUGCUUUUAGUAACCAGGGCGCCGUUCCUCCCUCGAUGUCGCGGCAAUCCUCUCAAAUGUCGGCACCUGAUCGUCCUGGUUCCAGCAUCGGACAGCAACCGCAGACACCAGCUCCUUCUGGCCCAGCACAUAACGCAGCGCGCACUCCAAGUGUGUCUGCUCAGAAACCAAGCUACACAAUUCCUCCCAAGAAGAGUGCGGCAAUCACCAUCAAGAACAGCGCGGGAGAAGUCGUUUCUUUCAACAAGCCCCCUGCUUCUCCUGCCAGUGCUACGCCUGCAUCAGUCAAUGUUGUUCCCCAGCCUACACCUACACCUCCAAGUCGUACAGGCAGUGCAGCCGAUAAUGCCCAUGGACGGACCGAUAGCACGAGUACAAAGACGGCAGAGGAGGCGAAGAAGACUUUGCAGGAAGCCAUUGCAAGGAAGAUUGCCGAAGACGAGGCCAAGAGCAAGCUAGAGAAAGAGCUCGCCGAAAAGCAACAAAAGGAGCAGAUGGACAAGGAGGCCGCACAAGCCGCUGAACGCGAAGCUGCCGAAGCCAAAGUGAGAGCCGAAGCUCUUGAGAAAGAGGCCAAAGAAGCUGAUGCUCGGACGGCCACUGAAGCGGCUGAGGCCUCUGAGCCCGCGAAGAAGGCUGAGGAAGACGAGACCAAGAAAGCCAAAGAGGAGAAGGCCAAGGAGACCCCCGCUGAAGCGGCCAAGUCAAAUGAAGACGAAAUCGACUACGACGCCAUUGAGGCUGAAAUGGCGGCUCUGGAAGCCGAAGAGGCCCGACGUGAGGAAGAAUACAAGAAAAAGAAAGCUGCCGAACUUGAGGCCAAACGAAAGAAGGAGGCUGAGGAGGCUGCCGCAUAUGAAGCCAACAUGAAAGAACUAGAGCGCAAGGCUGAAGAAGAGGAGUUGCGACGUGAGAAGGAGAAGACUCAAAAGGGGGCCGAAGACGAUACCAACAAGAAGCUGUUUGCCGAACUCAAGGCAAAUCCCUUCGGUACGCCUGCGUCGGUCGAAAGCCCUGCGGCCCAUACUCCUGUCGAAAGUGGUACCGCCACCCCAGUUUCGGAUGUGUCCAUGCCUCCUCCAGCCAAAGCCCCCGGUCGACGUGGCAAGGCUGCUGAACUCACCCUCGACACAAAGAAGCCUAUUGAGCCACCGGAGCCGAGCGCGACUUUGAAGGCCUUGCAGUCAGCUAAAAAAUUGGACGAUCUCUCGAAGGUCACGUAUCCUCCUGAGAUCGCAUCACCAAAUCCUGCCCUCAAUGCAAAUGCGCCGGCUGAUCGCAAGUUCAAGUACAACAAGGAAUUCUUACUCCAGUUCCAGAGUGUGUUCAAGGAGAAGCCAACGCUGGACUGGGAUCUCCGGAUUCGGGACGCUUUAGGCGAUGGAGAUUCUUCCGCCCGGCCCAGCGCCUCCGCAAGGACACCCUCGGGCAUGGGCGGCCGCAGUGCUUCUUCUCGCGGUGCUGCAGCUAUGAACCAGUUUGCACCGAUGGGAAGCUUUGCUGGUGGUGCUCGGGCUCCUCUACCACCUGGCACAACUUCCGAACAGCGAUUUGCCGCCUCGAAUGCUGCUAUGAGAAGCGGUGCGUUGGCCGGUAAUCCAUUUGCCCAAUUCGGCCGUACUGGCCAAGGCGCUCCCGCCAUGGGACGUACUCCAUCAAACAAUCCGCUCGGCCAAAUCCCUGGAUCCCCGCGUGUUGGUGGCGCAAGCCGAGGUGGUUCCCGUGCCGAAAGCAAGCGAUCGAAACAGUCCGGCAAGCACGCCGCCGAAGAGAACAAAGCCAUGCCUCUUACUGCUGGUAUGAACAUCACCGGACUGGAAGUAUCGGCUACUGGAUGGAAACCUCGCAGCGUUGGCCAAAAUGCAAACUCUGGUCCUGCUCCUGGUGGCGAUGGUUUGCUGGAGCCCGAUGUCGUCCAGCGGAAGGUCAAGGCCGCGCUCAACAAGAUGACGCCGGAGAAGUUUGACAAGAUUUCGGACCAGAUUCUAGAGAUUGCUGCCCAAUCCAAGCAUGAAUCAGAUGGUCGCACGUUGCGCCAGGUCAUCCAACUCACGUUCGAAAAGGCAACAGACGAAGCCCACUGGGCCCCGAUGUAUGCAGCCUUCUGCAGAAAGAUGUUGGAGAGCAUGAGUCCUGAAAUUCGGGAUGAAGGCAUCAAGGACAAGGCCGGAAAUGUCGUCACAGGUGGUAAUCUCUUCAGAAAAUACCUUCUCAACCGCUGCCAAGAAGAAUUCGAGCGCGGCUGGAAGGUCAACCUGCCUGCGCGACCAGAAGGGCAGAGCGAAGAGGCAGCCAUGCUAUCCGACGAGUACUAUAUCGCUGCCGCCGCCAAGCGACGUGGAUUGGGUCUUGUCAAGUUCAUUGGUGAACUGUUCAAGUUGUCCAUGUUGACCGAACGUAUCAUGCACGAAUGUGUCAAGAAGCUGGUGGACUAUGAAGGUACGCCUGAAGAGGCGGAGGUGGAAAGCUUGACGAGUUUGUUGCGCACCGUGGGCAAGCAGCUCGAUAACCCCGAGAGCAAAGCUCAAGGCCGUAUGGAUGUCUACUUUGAGCGGAUCAACUCCAUGAUUGCCCUGCCUGAUCUACCGAGCCGUCUUCGUUUCAUGCUUAUGGAUAUCGUCGACCUUCGCGCGAAGGGCUGGCAUUCAAAGGAAGAUGACAAGGGUCCCAAGACCAUCCAGGAGAUUCGACAAGAAGCUGAACGCCAAGCACGUGAGGAAGAGCUCAAGAGGCUGGCCAGUCAAGGCAACCGGGGUGGCGGUAGGAUGCCAAUGGGCCGUGGUGAUGCUCGAAGUUUCAGUGGCUACGGGGGUCAACUUCCUCCCCCGGACAACUCCAACCGUGUUGGCACAGACGAUUUACGAAGGCUCGGCAACCGCAACGCCCGAAACCCCAGCCACACUGGUACUGGCUCACUGGGACCUCCCAGUAUGCUUGGUGGGCGUACGAACAGUGGACGUCGUGGCUUAGGUCCUGGCGGGCUGCUAGGCCGAGGUGAUGACAGCAAUGCUAGCAGUCGCACUGGAACACCUCCUGCCCAGAAAGAAAAGGAAAAGAAGGACGAGUCCAGCACCAAUGCUUUCAGUGCUCUCGCCGCUCUCGAGAAUGAUGCACAUGAUGCACCAGGCUCGCCGCCAUCUAACCCAGCCUCACCUCCUUCACAAAAGUCGCAGCCGAACAUUGAACGAGAGCGAUCAAGAUCACCGGCCAAAGCCGCCGAGUGAGAAUCCUCGCUAUCCGUUCUCAGAGUGUACAACAUAAUGCAAUUCGAACACUAAUAAUUGACCGACGUGCCGCUUGUGGGGAGGCUGAACGAAAGAUGUGCAUUGAUACCCGGCGUGAGCCACUUGUUUAGCAUUUCAGCGGAGCGGGCCUCGUUGUCACAAAAAGGAAUCUUCGGCGAGCGACAUUCUUCUAGAGACAACAUUCAAUCGACUCGAGAGCAUCAGAGAAUGCUGAUUCUAGGAUGAUACGUUACGAGAGACCGGUCUUGACAUCGUUCCCUGGCCUGAUUGCAGCGCCUCCCUUCGACAUGCUUUCACCACUAGUCAAAAGCGAGGAAGGCAACACAAUGUCAGGAAUGCUGACCGGACAGACCACCUGAGGUUUGUUUGCCAAUUCUGCAAUGAAUACCGACGCGUCGCCGGUCUUGCGGUCACGAAGUGCGCAACAUGGUCGAAAGGGGUGCUUUUGGGAGGUGCAGCCUCGGAUGAUGACCUGUGUUGACCACGCCGUUCUCUGGCGAGGACAAUGGAGGAUCAUCACCAGGGAGGGCAGACAAAAUGAAUUCUAAUUUUGUGUUUUUACUGCUUAGAUGGUUGAGAGCGUGCGGUUUGUUGUUACUUUUCUUGCAAUUCUUCCAUUAGCCGUGCGAGAGCAGGGCAGUGCUCUCAAGCUGUAUGUUGAGCAAAAUGCAAAUGACAUCAUUCAGGAUAA